UCUCUGCAACAAACUUUCAAAACAAAAGACCCGCACACUCAUGAGUUUGUCUGUUCAAAUAAAUAAAACCGGUACGAAUCAUAUAAAAACAGUUUUGUAAAUUAAAUCGCAGUCAAUUACUAUGUUCCUUUCCAAAUUUUCGCAAGUGAUGCGCUUUAGUUCGCGUAGAACCUUUUGCACUGAUCCAGGAAAAAUUGAAAAGACGGUGAAUACGGUAACCCUCUUAGGCCGCGUGGGUGCGGAUCCUCAAAAGCGUGGUAACGAGUCCCAUCCUGUUGUUACAUUUUCAUUGGCCACACAUUCAAACUAUAGAUAUGAAUCAGGCGAUUGGAUCCAGAAAACCGACUGGCAUCGUGUGGUAGUGUUUAAGCCGGCUUUGCGAGACUCUGUGAUCAACUAUUUACGAAAGGGACAAAGAACGAUGAUAACUGGAAAAAUAAGUUACGGAGAGAUUACUGAUCAGGAGGGUAAGCAGCGUUCGACUACAAGCAUAAUCGCCGAUGAUGUGAUUUUUUUGCAAAAUACAAAUCAAUAAAAAUUAUGGGUUUUCAUGUCGAGCACUUAAACAAAUAUCCAGCCUAAAAAUACUCUGUUUUAUUGAUGAGUAAUCGAAGCUACACAGUUUACGGUUGGUUAUUAGUGCAUGAGCUCGAUGUAAAGACCCCUAUUAGGUUUCUAGCUUAAGGUUGUAAGAAAAAAGAGGUUUUUUCUUGAUAUAGAAA